GCACAGUUCGUCUACUGUACAGUUCAUGUACGUUAGAAUAUGACAGGAUAGUGAACGUAAGAGACGCGAGGUAAAAGGAGGAAACGUGGGAAUCACAUCAACAUUAGGCCUUGAUACGACUGGUGGGUGUCCCGAUCCUAUCGUCUCUUGAAUAACACGAAGUUACAGAUAUUGGUUGUGAUUCGGGGCAACGACAACGAUGAAGAAGUCUAGCUUGUCUAGUUUGUGGUUACAUUUGAGUAUUCUUUUGAGCUAUCACAGAUAGGAGAAGACAUUCAAAUUACUUGAUGAAGUCGUCAAGGCCGCAUCAACUCGCGAAUCCUACUUCCAGGCCGCAGAUCAGGCAACAGUCGCGUCAAUUGUCACGAACAUCAACCCAACAUGUUAUCGAACCUGCAGUUCCAAUCAGUCAAACCUCGGACUCGGGCACCAAAACACCCAUCAUGGAGCUUCCCAAAGAAAUGAUUUUCCUCGACACAUUCGAUCAGACCGCCGAAGAAACCAUCAACCGAGGCGUCGAAAACGAAGCAGCAGUACAUAGAUACUUUGAUUGCCUCUCCCGUGGCUGGUUGGGACAAGCAUUCAUCGAACGCUACACAUACACUUUCUUCUCUGAUAUUGCGGAUGACGAAGAUGAGAUCUUGACAUAUUCUGGAGGGAGGUGCUGAUGAGUAUGUUAUUACUGAAAGAGACAUCUUCGCCAAUGCCAUGGGAAACCAAGAGGACCCAGGACGAGAUGUGCUUAGACGCGUAGUAGAGCGCAUAGACCACGAAAUUGCGAGAACGCAGGAAGAGUGUCCCUCAUCUAUUACCAAGCUCCCAGAAGCGAUGAUCCUGCUUGAACCUCUCAACUCUACCGCCGAGGAGAUCAUACAGCAGGGAGCUAAAAAUCC